ACCCGCCUCUUUCUCCGGCCGGAAUCCACGGUUCCGAGCCGGGGGGCGCUCUCUGCGGUCUCCGCUAUAGAUACCUUGAGUAUGCGCUCCCCGAACGCGAACGACACAAGGCAGCCGGAUCUGCAUAGCGUGUGGUAGUGUUUGACCCAACCGUCUUCGCUUUCUGCAUAUCCUCAGCACAUACCGCAUCCGACCGAAAUGCCGAUGUUCCCCGAAGACGAUCAGGGCCAGGAGGAGAACCCGGCGAGGCCUGCCUCACAGUACUCCGAUACCGCGCCCAUCCCGAUCCAGACACCGCCGGGGAUGGACAGAUGGCUCGGCCGGCGCCUCUCGGAGGAGAGCAUCCGGACUGAGUUGUGCGAAGGGCUGGUGCUGGACACCCCGCCCCGGCCAGCCACUCCGAAGCAGGCUGUAGCUCACCCCGUGUCUGACCGCGCCGAACUCAUCGAGCGGCUCAAGCGAGGCGAGAGUCCGACCUGGGUCCCCAACCGCCAUCUUGAGUCUCUAUUCCAUCGGGAUAACGCCUCUCCGCCACCUCCCCGCACGCCUCAGCCGGCCAACUCAGCUUCGCCGGGCUUGUUGCCUGCGCCCACUAUCACCCCCGAGAGACAGGAUGUGAACCAGGCCCAACAGGCCACCGGGUCUCCUCUGCAGGAAGGACUAAGCAUUGAACGGCCGCGGUCAGCUCUACACAGCGGCAACUUCACGCCCGUGGAGCUGUCGGCAGAUUCUGGAAGCCGCGAGGAUGCUCUCUGUCAUGACCAUGGGGGCCGACUCCGCCAGGUCCGCACGGAAUGGAUGAGCACUUCCCCCCCGAGGGACUACGCACCUUUCAGCUUCGCGCAGGACGCAUCCAGUUACAGGAGGGAGGCGUUCAGGACCUCGGGCCCUUCGUCGUGGAGCUCUCCCCCGUCGUCGGGCUUUGUCUAUAAGCCCCCGACGAGCCCGCUGGUGCAGUCAGAGAGCAACGACGAACUUGACUUGGCGCUCCCGUUGAACAGCUUCAAUAUCGACACCGACAGUCCCCGAAGUUCUCGGCGGCACACGCUCAAUUUUGCCCACUCGCCCUUGGGCAACGCCAGCCAGAGGCGGUCCCCUUUUCGCCGCGAGCCCGCUUACCCUUACCAGGCACAUCAGCCGCGGCGGUCUCUGAACUCGACGCCCAACUUCUUUCCGGGGACCUCUCCGCAGACCCCCGGCUUCUUGCGGCCCCGGCGGCCGUCGUUCAGCUCCGAGGCCUCCCCGCUCCAGCACGCAUCCAUGGUCGGGUCGUACGAAGAAAGCAUCCUCCGGGGCCGCAUGUCGACCACGCCGUCCAAGCCACUGGAAUUUUUGGCGCAAAUUGGAGUCUUGGGCCUUGGGAAGUGCAAGCCAAGUCUGCGCUGUCCGCCCCACGUGACGCUGCCUUUCUCCGCCGUGUUCUACAGCUAUCCCAGCAGUUUCAACGGCGCUGAGGACGGGCCGAGCCCCUAUGUCGGACAGAUCGACCUCGAGAACGGGCUGCCGAAUCCAGAAGAGGGGCAGCGAGCCAGGAGGAAGCUUCAGUCCCGCUAUCAGGACCGCCAGGCCGUGGCAGAAGGAGACCCCUUGGCUCGAGAGAGUCCAGUUGACCUCUCGGACGGCGAUGGGUCCUCCAAGCCUGGGAGACCGAAACGGCGUUCUAGAUCACCCAAGGCGCCCCCUGGCGGCUGCUACCGCAUCCCUGAGAAGGGCCAGCUCCAGGUCAUCAUCAAGAACCAGAACAAGACCGCCGUCAAGCUCUUCCUGGUGCCCUAUGACCUAACAGGCAUGGAACCAGGCACCAAGACGUUCAUCCGCCAGCGCAGCUACUCCACCGGCCCGGUCAUCGAAGCAGAUCUCCCCGCCGCCAAAGACCCGCCGCUCGCGGGACCCGACCGCCCCACGCUGCGCUAUCUCAUCCAUAUGCACAUCUGCUGCCCAUCCAAAGGGCGCUACUACCUGUACAGGUUCAUCCGCGUCGUCUUUGCCAACCGCGUACCCGACGGCAAGGAGCGCCUCCGCAACGAGGUGACAUACCCCGACCCGCGAUUCACCCCGUACAAACCCAUCCGCGUGAUGCAUCCGUCGUCGGCCUCAGUCAGCCACGCCACUACCGGCGCUCCGGGCUACGGGAAUAUCAGCACCUCUCCCAGUGCCGCUCUAACCGCAGAGCGAGCCUUCCGCCGCCGCAGCGCCGGCUUCUCCUUCGGCGGCCACCAUUCCCUUUCCCACAGUCAUCAUUACAGGGAUCACAACCGGCCUCAAGCAUUGGACAUGCCCGAUUCCCAGCCAUUAUCGACGCAAAUGACCUUGUCCGCAGCCAACCAUGCGCGGACCGACUUCACCGCCGGCACCGACCAGGACCCCAUUGCCACAACAAUGCCAGGGUUAGAAAUGACCGGCCCCUCACCAGUUCCCACCAGCAAUCCCACAUCAUCCUCACCACCACCACCGCCACCACCACCACCACCACCACCACCGCCACGACGAGCACCAGCAGGUCCCUACGCCAAGCUCGGCAGAGGCGACGCCGGCUACGGUCACGGCAACGGCCCCAGCGGCGGCAGCACCCCGACCGUUGCCGCAACCGAGGGUCUCAUCUCCCAGCGCCUCCGGUCGCUAGGCGCUGUUCCCAUGCCACCCGGACCAUCACCGGAAGAUGGCCCCGGAUAUGGCGGCGGCGGCGGCGGUCGCGGCGGUGGUGAUGACGAUGGUGGUAAGGAUCAAGCGCCUGUCUAGCACGCUGGACCCGACUGUGUCAGUCUGCUCCCUCUUGUCUACCUCGCUAGCUACCUACCUCAGCGGCCUACCUAACCUACCUACCUACCUUCCUUGUCCUCUCACCUUGGCCGCCUUUUUACCUUUAACUACCCACCUAUGGAUGUUGCAAAGUCACACACACACACACAAACACCAACAACGGGCGGCUGUUUGGUCGUCAGAUCCUUGGUUCGAUUCAAACAUGGGAGAUUUAAACAUGGGAAAGAUCAAUAAAUCAAUCAAUGACGCUAGCUGAUCGGACGCCGCGCGGGGGAACUGGGGACUUCGCAACUAUUG